CCCUGCAAAAGUCUUCUGCUCGCAGCUUUAGACAUAGGCGUAGUUGAUACAUGUAUAACAUUUGAAAAAUUAAAUACGAAGAUGAGCUUAUUCUCGGUCAGCUUGUUAAUCACGUGAUCUAUCGCGUGAGGAAAUAGGAAGGGUUUAUUAAGUUUAAAUUUAUUAAAUGAUAGUGCGAUCUGAUUAAUAUUAAUAUAUAAGUUCGAUUGAGAUAAUGGGUCAUUUACAUAAACAUAUCAGCUAGCUUGUGUUUGGUAUGGGACAAGGGUUAAUAGGAUUUUUACAAUUUAUACUGUAACCCAUGGACGGGUUUACAUCCCACGUUUUGGUGUUGCUGUUUGUCACAGCCGUGGCCGCCUUGGUAACUUCGUCUGCCAACAGCUUCAUCCGCCAAUGGGAGGCAGAGCAAGGCUCUACUUCCGGUGCACAUGGGUUAUAUUCGGGUAACGGAUACGUCAACGUUCAGAACGGAAAUAAACUUGACGUUGAAGCAUUUUACAGUGCUUCUGAUCUCAAAGUGUUUGCGUCCCAACAUCAGAGUGACUUAAUUGAUGCUAAGAAAUACAGACAUCGCGAGUGUGGUUCAAUUAUCAGUGUAAGCGCCCUCGACUGUGACUUGUGCUACAGGUUUGUGGAAGGGGCGCGUGCACUUGUGGAAAAGGGGUUCACACAGGAAGUCGUCGUAAAAUUCACAACUGAUGCUUGCAUUGAGCUGAAGAUUGAAGAUGAGCGAGUCUGCAAGGCGGUCGUACAAGAAUUUAAGGAUGAGCUCUUUGGGACACUGAUCGGAGUGACUCUGGAGUCCAAAGAGUUAUGCGGGUACGCGUUAGGGAAGGACUGCGGGGCGCCCUACAACCCGGCCGCCAUGUGGAACGUUACGCUCCCGGACACGCCUAAACCUCCAAUCAUUCCGCCGAAACCGCCGAAGGCUGGCUCCCCCACCCUGCGCGUGCUCCAUCUGACUGACUUCCAUCUGGACGCGGAGUACUCCGCCGGAAGCAAUACUGACUGUGGGGAGCCGCUCUGCUGCAGAGCAGACGACGGACCGCCAAAACCUGGCGAGACGGGCGCUGGUCGGUACGGGGAUUACAGAAACUGCGACUCGGCCAAGAUCAUGGUGGACAGUCUCUUCGAACACCUACAGAGCAUCCAGGACCAGUUCGACUACGUGUUAUUCACGGGCGACAUUCCCGCCCACAAUGUAUGGAACCAAACACGCGGGGACCAGACUGUAGCUAUGUCAACGUUCACACAUUACAUGAAAACCUACCUGCCCAAAAAGAUGAUGUUCCCCACCCUAGGUAACCACGAGAGCGCGCCCGUCAACAGUUUCCCUCCCCCGUAUGUCACGGGAAACAGCAGCAUUGAUUGGCUCUACAGCGCUACCGCCGACAAUUGGCUGCAGUGGCUGCCCUCAGAUACAGAAGCAAACAUAAGAAAGGGAGGAUAUUACUCCGUGUCCCCAUUUCUCGGUCUUCGAGUUAUCUCCCUUAAUAUGAACAUGUGUAACAACGGCAACUGGUGGCUGUUCAUCAACGCGACCGACCCCGGAAACAUGCUGCAGUGGUUUAUAAAGGAACUGCAGGCCGCCGAGGACAAAGGAGAAAAGGUUCAUGUGCUUGGCCAUAUAUAUCCGGGCUGCAGUUGUUGUCUGAAGCCAUGGAGCUGGAAUUACUACAAGAUCGUCAACAGAUACGAGAGCACAAUAGUCGGUCAGUUUUUCGGCCACACCCACUCUAUGACGUAUGAAGUUCUAUACGACGAGGAGACGCUGCUCCGCCCACUGGGCGUGAUCUACAUGCCCGGGAGCAUCACCACUUACUCAAAUCUGAACCCCGGCUUCCGGAUAUACGAGAUUGAUGGAAACUAUGCGGGCUCGUCAUGGCAAGUUCAGGAUUACACAAACUAUUUCCUGAACCUGACGGACGCCAACCUCAAUGGAAACCCCACCUGGCAGAAGGAGUACUCCGCCAAGGAGACAUACGGUCUUACCUCCCUAUUCCCCAAGGACUGGAAUGAUCUCAUUUACAGAAUGAAAACCGACAACACACUGUUUAACAAAUUUUGCAGUCACACGGCGAAGUCAGCACCUAAUACUUCAUGUGACCGUAAUUCCACUCUUUGUGGUUUGAAGACCGGACGAAACGGCGAUCCCAACCUUUGCCGGGACAUUUAACAAGGCGAAAUAACUUUUGAAAUAUAUUUGGGUACUUAAAAUCCAUUCCAUUAGGUUUUGUCAAUAUUAGGACAUGUUCUAGUGUUCGAUGUCUCCAAUAAUCUUUGUGUAAAUGAGUUUAUUUGUAGUUUUCCUAUAUUUAGUCACACACGCUAAGACUAUCCUUACAAAUAUCAUUAACUGUUUUAUUUAUAUGUGUAUGCUCAUUAAACUCUUGACUUAUAUUGUAUUUUAAAUAUAGGAAAAAUCAAGUUUCUUUGCAAGAAACAUUUCAUGUACACAAGUGCAAUUCCUGUGCAAUAAAAUAUAUUUAGAUAUUA